AAUAUUGUACUUUGAAUUCAACUUGGUACUUAUCCUCACUUGUCAUUGGGGCAAGUAAACGACAUCGUUUAGCCGUGGAGCAACUUGAUCCGUCAGAUUAAAACUAGAAAACGCAUCUAAACCGUACAUUUAUCUCUCUAAGAAAGAGCCCAUUAGGUAUAAGAAGGGUUUUCGAGCAGGAAAAAAUGGCAGAAUUAUAGUGAGAACAGAGAAGAGAAGAAGAAACAGUAGAGAAAAAUGUCAGGAGUCACUCAACAAGAAGAAGAUAAGAAGCCUUCCGCUGAUCAGGGUGGUCACAUUAACCUCAAAGUCAAGAGCCAGGAUGGGAAUGAGGUGUUUUUCAGAAUCAAGAGAAGCACACAGCUGAAGAAGCUCAUGAAUGCUUACUGUGAUAGGCAAUCUGUGGACUUCAACUCUAUUGCCUUCUUGUUUGAUGGUCGUCGCCUCAGGGCCGAGCAGACUCCUGAUGAGCUCGAAAUGGAGGAUGGGGAUGAGAUUGAUGCUAUGCUGCAUCAGACUGGUGGAUCUUAGGGUUAGCUUUAUAUCUGAGGGUUUUGGGGCAUAGUAAAUUAGAUUAUCUUCGGUGUAUAUUGACCGAACUGUUUAGAAUGUGUAUUUUAGCUCGUACUGUGGUUGUCCGAUAACGAGUCGCUUAUGGAUGAUCAGACUUUGGAUCUUUACUUCUAGUUAAUUAUCCUUUAAUCAA